UGCGCAGAGUAGGCAGCCCUCGGAGACUAUGUGGGUGCUGGUCCGCGGCUGCUGGGGAGCGCGGGCGGCGGGUGGCGGCGCCGGCUGCAGGCCGAGGUCCCAGGGCCGCGGGGUGGCUGGGUUCGCCGGGUUUCCUGGUGGGGAGGACGACCGCGGCGCCCGAGUCCGCGAGAAGCCGCCCUGGCGAGUGCUCUUCUUCGGCACUGACCAGUUCGCCCGCGAGGCGCUGCGGGCUCUGCACGCCGCCAGGGAAAACAAAGGGGAAGGGUUAAUUGAAAAAUUGGAAGUGGUCACAGUGCCUUCCCCAUCACCAAAAAGACUGCCGGUGAAGCAAUAUGCUGUCCAGUCUCAGCUUCCAGUGUAUGAGUGGCCGGAUGUGGGAGCUGGAGAAUAUGAUGUUGGAGUGGUAGCUUCGUUUGGCCGACUUCUGAGUGAGGCUCUUAUUCUUAAAUUUCCCUAUGGCAUAUUGAAUGUCCAUCCCAGCUGCCUCCCGAGGUGGCGGGGUCCAGCCCCUAUAAUCCACACUGUGCUUCACGGAGACAGAGUUACUGGAGUAACGAUUAUGCAAAUUAGACCUAAAAGGUUUGAUGUAGGCCCAAUUCUCAAACAGGAAACGGUUCCUGUGCCGCCCAAGAGCACCACAAAGGAAUUGGAAGCAGUGCUGUCAAGACUGGGUGCCGACAUGCUUAUUUCAGUUUUGAAAAAUUUGCCUGAAAGUUUGAGCAAUGGAAGGCAGCAGCCAACUGAGGGGGUGACACAUGCCCCUAAGAUUUCUGCUUGUGCCAGCUGUAUAAAAUGGGAGGAACAAACUUCAGAGCAAAUACUCAGACUUUAUCGUGCCAUUGGAAAUAUAAUUCCGUUGCAGACACUCUGGAUGGAUAAUACCAUGAAACUUCUGGAUUUGGUAGAAGUUGAUAAUUCAGUCCUCACUGAUGCAAAAUUAACAGGACAGGCUGUUACUCCAGGAUCAGUAAUAUACCACAGACAAUCCCAGUCCCUGUUGGUUUGUUGCAAGGAUGGCUGGAUUGGUGUUCAAUCAGUGAUGCUCAAGAAAACACUAACAGCUACUGAUUUCUACAAUGGAUAUUUACACCCUUGGUACCAGAGAAAUUCCCAAGUUCAAAUAAGCCAAUGCAGAUUUCAGACUCUCAGACUUCCAACAAGGACGAAGCAGGAAAAGAAAAUUGUUGCUGUGCAACAGUGCAUUAAAUAAUUAGGAAGAAGAUGGACAAGAACCUACUACAUAUUUAUAAUUUAUUAAAAGCCUUAUUUGUAAGGAAUUACCUUGACUUUCAAAGAUGACACUGUGGAGGAAGAGAAGAUUAUUGUCAAAAAGAUGAAAAGAUGAAUCACCUCACUUUCUUCUUUUUAACAGUAGUUUAAAAAAGCUUUCUAUUUGAAUAACAAGAGAAGCUUUAAAUAAAUUUUUUACUUAUAAUAAAAGUCAAGAAGAUUGUAUCUUUCCCUAUAAGCAAAUGCAGCUAACUGGUAUAUGUAUAUAUACUGAUGAGAGGUUCUUUUAGAAAGCACAUCUAUUAAAUUUUUUAAAUCAUA